AUGAGCUUGGACAAGCUUUCAGCCGGCAAUGGUGUUCUUCCCACCGUAACACCUGUUAAGCAUCGAUACGUUUGGAGAGAUCACAUUGUCGUAAAGCUUGUUUGCCUCUUGAUUGCAGCAUGCGCAUUGAAUCAGUGGACGAAUGAACUUGGACUUCGAUCGCAUGUGCUCCCUGAGCGAUCAACAGAUGCUGUGUUUGAUUGGACAUCGGUUGUGCCUUCCGUAGACAUUGAAUGGAAGCCAUGUUUCUCCAAAUUUAUGUGUGCAAGGCUCAUUCUCCCUCUGGAUUACCUCUCUCCGCCCGGCGUAGGACCGAACGUGACCAUCGCACUGCAAAUGCUGCCUGCAUCCGACGAGGGGAUUCCUAGGGGGACCAUCCUCAUCAACCCCGGCGGCCCUGGGGCAUCGGGAACGGAGCUCGUCAUGGUCGCUGGGAAGCAGAUAUCUCGGAUCGUUGGCGGAUCGUUCAAUAUCUUGGGCUUCGAUCCGCGGGGAAUUGGUGCCAGCACACCCCCCGCUCAGUGUUUCCACUCCGAUUCGCAGCGCAAGAUAUGGGAACUUCAAGCAGGAGACAGGCUCCUCAACUUGACCGAUGGAUCCGUUAAUUUAGCUCUUGCACGCGAGAGGACGGUAGGAGCGAUGUGCAAAGCCGCACUGGGUGGUAAUGGGAGGGAGGACCCGAAUGGAACUGUGGAUGAGUGGGGUGCAGGCAGAUUCAUGAGUACGGCAAGUGUUGGGACAGACAUGCUUCGAAUUGUUGAGAAGCUCGGCGAGGAUAACCUGAAGUACUGGGGAUUCAGUUACGGCUCCAUACUGGGCCAGUACUUUGCUGCGAUGUACCCAGACAAGAUUGGGCGGUUGAUUAUCGACGGGGUCUACGACGGGUACAACUAUCGCAAUACAUCCUGGAACACUAACCUGAUGGACACAGACGCUGUUUGGGAAUCAUUCUUCAUAUUCUGUCACCGCGCCGGCCCAGCGAAGUGCGCUUUGUACAUGCCCAGUGCGACACAAAUCAGAAAUCGUGUUCUCGCUAUUAUGGACCAGGUCACGGAAGGACCUCUAGCAGUGCCUUUUGCUGGAAGUGGACCGCUGGUCGUGACUCGGAAAGCACUCCAGAAUUUCGCAUUUCAGGCUUUCCACAAUCCGAUUGAACAAUUCCCAUUGUUCGCGGACACGCUUCUGGCCGUGGAGCAGAUCAAUCGAACCAUGCCGGCCGCUCUUUCAAGCAAGCUAGGUGGGGGCUUUGAGUGCAGUUGCGAGCAGGAGUACUCGUUGCCUGUAGAAACAGAAGCACUCGGCGUUGUCAUGUGCGGAGAUGGCGAGCCCAUCGCGUACACCCCAGAAGGCUAUCGAAAAUGGUUCACAGACUUGUCUGCGUCGUCUCCAUUUGCGGCGCCGAUUUGGGGCCUUGAAUAUCUGUGUUGCGCUGGGUGGCAAAUCCGACCCAAAUGGCGAUACAUGGGCCCAUUCGCGGCUGAAAAGACGUCGCAUCCGAUAUUGGUCAUUUCACCGAUGUACGACCCUGUGUGCCCGCUGGCUGACGCUCGUGCAGUACGGUCUCGAUAUGGAGGUGCGGGGCUGUUGGUGCAGAAUUCGUUUGGACACUGCUCGUUGUCUGCGCCGUCGCUUUGUACUGCGAAGUACAUUCGUGAAUACUUCAUCAACGGGACGCUGCCAGAGGAAGGGACUAUCUGCGAGGUCGAUGAGCUUCCAUUUGUGGGUCCAUUUGGCGGGGAAACGGACAAACUCAUGGGAGUUUCGGAUGAAGAUAAAUCUCUGUUGGAUGCACUCCGUGGUCUAGCUAAGACUGCGCCAAUUUCGGGAUUUUAA